AGGUUCCAAUACAUUUAGUUUGCGAUACGGAGUUCCGUUGAUUGUAAAAAAAAUAAGAAGAAUAGAUUAAUGAACAUAGGCCGUAGAGGACGACAUGAUUGUGACAUGUAGUAGUGGUAUGCUUCUUCUUGUAAGUUUUACUCUGGGAACAAAUUAUGUUGAAGGGAAGAAAGACGAUAUAAACAACGAAUAUUGUGAUUCUGACAAAUGUGGUUCACUGGUGAGAAAUCUUGUUUACAAUGAGGACUCCGUCAGUUUGUCCAUCACAGAAAACGGUGUCAAGUUCAUCGAACAGUUCUUUCCAGCCUCCUUAAAAUCACUUACACCUACCGACUGUCGCGAAUCCCGCAACGAGUUCUGUUUGACGUGGGGAGAUUCUCUAAAGGCAGUAAUGAAAAGGAAAUCUCUGAAAAGCAAGGAAUGCUUUGAGCUGAAUUUCACAUCGAAGCCAUCAUCAGACAUUCUUCCCACAUCCUGCAUUCCGCUAGAGGGCGCUGCGUGGUACGGGGGCGCGGAAUUACACACACAAAGGUGGCCACUCAAUGACGUCGACUUACCAAUGCAACCAUUCAUUUCAAAUGAUAUCGUUCCAGAAGAGACUGCUUUUGGUAACGUUUUGGAGCCGUACUGGAUCAAUUCUAAAGGCGUGGGUCUGUACGUGAGCGAUCUCUCCCCUUUGCAUGUUGCAAUUAAUGAAAAGAAGUCUCGUCUGCUCUGCCUUCAGGCGAAAUAUGAAGACCCACACUUUCCAGAACUUAUAUCGCAGUAUCUUUCUCUUAAUUAUACAGUAUGUAAGCAACGCAAUGUUAAAGAGAUAAGAAAUUUCGUUCAUGAUUUAAUAUUUGAUAUUCCCAAUGGUAUGCCGGACGAAAAGAUGAUCAAAAGUCCAAUCUGGUCAACGUGGGCGAGGUACAAAACUCUCAUAAAUCAAACGAAAGUCAUAAAAUUUUCUGAAGAAAUUAAAAGCAAAGGAUUUUCUAACAGUCAGAUUGAAAUUGACGAUAAAUUUACAGUAAAGUACGGAGAUUUUGACUUUGAUUCAGAGAAGUUCCCGGACCCGCUAGGAAUGUUUAAAAACCUGAAGGCAGAUGGAUUUCGGACAACAGUUUGGAUAACACCCUUUGCUAACUUGGAUUCCUAUGCUUUCUCUGAUGGAGUAGAGAAAGGUUAUUGGUUGCGAGAUAUUGCCGGGAAAGUUCCGGCGCUGGUAAAGUGGUGGCAAGGAAUAGGUGCAAUCCUCGACGUCACUAAUGAGGAAGCCGUAGAUUGGUUUGUCACGCGCCUUCGCGACAUACAAACUGAAUAUCAAAUCGACUCUUUCAAGUUUGAUGCUGGUGAAAUGACGUACAUGCCAUCCUCCUAUUCCACUCGAUACAGACUGGGAAAUCCGGGAUUCUUUACCACACUUUAUGUUGACAUGGUUUCCAGAUUUGGUGACAUGAUAGAAGUAAGAUGCGGUUACAAAUCGCAGAGACAUCCUGUGUUUGUUAGAAUGGGCGAUAAAGAAUCUACGUGGGGCUAUGAAAAUGGGUUUAAAAGUCUUAUUCCCACAGUCCUUACCAUGGGGAUUCUGGGAUAUCCAUACGUACUGCCGGAUAUGAUCGGUGGGAAUGGCUAUGGAGAAAACCUCGGUAUUGAUGUGGUUUUGCCGGAGAGGGAAUUGUACAUCCGCUGGAUGCAGCUUACGGCCUAUUUACCGUCAAUGCAAUUUUCGUUUGUGCCAUGGGACUAUGACGAGGAAGUUGUUGCGAUUGCAAAAGAGAUGGUGAAAGUGCAUGAAGAGGUGGUGACUCCAAUCUUAUUUCAGGCCUCCAUGGAAGCUCAAAAAUCGGGAGCACCUCUGAUCCGGCCGUUGUGGUGGAUAGAACCAGAUGUUGAUCAGGCUUUAAACUGUGACGACGAAUUCCUGGUUGGAGAUGUGUUACUGGUCGCCCCGAUUACAGACAGGGGUUCAAGGUCGAGAGACAUUUACAUUCCUCGAGGAGAGUGGCGCGAUAACCUUCACGGUGAUACUGUUAUCGGGCCCGUUACUCUUCGGAACUUCGAGGUCGCCUUACAACAAAUAGCAACUUUUAAUCUAGUCAGCUAAUGUAGAAAAUUUGAAAUAUAGAUUGUUAUAGCUGCUUGUUAUUGUGGUUUAUUCUACUUUAUUACCACUUUCUGUUUUCAUUGAAAUAAAGAAUCAGAAUAAAU